AUGGUCAAAGAGCAAAUUAUGGAACAAUUACGGGAAGAACUUCGUCAAGCUCGAGAGGAAAUUGUCCGCUUGAAAACACAGGCAUUAGUUGACAUAAAUGAACUUAUGCGGGAGUUUGACGAAUGUGAUGAAAAACGAAAGGAAUAUGAAACGGAAGUAGAGAAGCAAGCUUCCCAACGAGAGGAUCGAGCUUCAACGCAAUUUGGCUGGGGUCAAGCAAUAAAUUUUGUGCCUGUUUUCUCACACGCUUAUAAUUAUGGUGCAAGUAAAGCUAAUGAAUUAGUGGAGCAAGAACAAAAAAAACAUCGUGAAACUCUACGUAAAGUAACCGACAAAAAGUAUAAGCAAAUUGAGGAAUCAUAUAUCAAAAGAAAGAAACGCUAUGAGCAGGAAAAUUAA